AUGAAGCUUUCUACUACAUUCGCUACGGCGGCUUCGCUGCUCGCAACGGCGUCCGCACAUGGAGGUGUUGAUACGUACAAGGUCGGAAGCACAACAUACCAAGGCGCUUCAGGUCAGAAGACUCUUCAACGCCAAUACAGCACGUACGACCCACUUGUCAUCAAAGAUCUUUCAACCGUUAACAUCCGAUGUAACAAUGCUGGAGCACUUGGAACGGGUGUUUCAGGCACUCUGGCUGCUGGGGAUAAGCUCACGGCGCACUGGAAACACUUCGACGGAUCUGGCAAAGUCUGGUUCAAGAUUGACCAAGAAGGCCUGGUCUCCGGCACCGAGAACGCAGGCGUAUGGGCCGGCGACACAAUCCUCGACACUCUCCUUUGGACAAGCACAAUCCCCGCAAGCCUCGCACCAGGAAACUAUCUGAUCCGCCACGAGCUCAUUGCCGUCCAUCAGGCAAAUAACCCUCAGUUCUACCCAGAGUGCUCGCAAUGGGUCGUGACCGGCUCCGGCACCUCCUCUCCAUCCGACUCCUACCUCGUCUCCUUCCCCGGCGCAUACAAAGGCACUGAGCCGGGCAUUGCCUUCAACAUCGACUCCGACGCCGCCAAGGCUGCGACUUCGUAUCCCAUUCCUGGACCUGACGUCUGGACUGGCGCUGGUGGUAGCGCUCCUAUCGAGUCUGCUGCGCCCACAGCUGUACCAACAACACUCGUCACCAGCGCGGCGCCCGCGAAGCCAACGAGUAGUGCAGCUCCCGCAGUGCCUACAACGCCUUCUUGCUCCCCGGUCCAGAAAUACGGGCAGUGUGGAGGCGCAACGUAUGCUGGGUGCACGGCGUGUGUCAGUGGGACGACGUGUACGAAGAACGGAGAUUACUACAGUCAAUGUACGUAGAUGUUGGACAAGUAGAUUGACUGCAUCAUCAAUGUCUGUUUUUUUUAUCG